AUGCGCAUGGUGCAGGACGAGGACAACUUGAUCACCCUCACGAAUGAGAAGGAGCACGACGAACGUCGAAAGAAGAUGGCUGCCGGUUACUCGGGUAAGGACAACCUGACGCUUGAGCGAGACCUGGACGACUGUAUUCUUGACCUCUGCAACCUGAUCGAGAGCCGUUAUGCCGUUGAUGCGGCAGCAGAAUCUAGCCAGCUCAAACCGAUGGACCUUGCUCGAAAGAUACAAUACUUCACCGUCGAUGUCAUGUCAAAGGUCUCUCUUGGGCUCAACUUCCACGAUCUCAGAGACGACAACGACAAUUUCGAGUAUAUCAAUGAGAUCGAGACUAUGUUCCCAAAGAUCUUCUCCACAUGCUGCACUCCUCGCGUCCUUAUGUUUUUGACUGAUAUUAGAUUCCUCAAACUGUUUGCACCACAGGCCACUGCGAAGUUGGGUAUGGGCAAGGUUCUGGCAAUUACUCAGAAGUUGGUAGCUGAGCACUUCGAUGCGGAGAAGAAUGUGGUCGUGCACAAGCCUGAUAUGCUGGACUCGUUCAUGAAGCAUGGCUUGACACAGGAACAAGCUGAGCAAGAGAGUGUGUUGCAACUGCUUGCAGGUUCUGAUACCUCAGCAACAGGAAUGCGAAGCACGAUGUUCAAUUUGAUCAGCAGCCCAAGAGCUUACAACAAGCUCAUGACAGAAGUCGACGCUGCUAUAGCAGUAGGUAAAAUACCUCGUGAUCUGAACCAGGUAAUUUCAGAUUCUGCGGCUCGAGAGCUACCCUAUCUUCAAGCUUGUAUAAAGGAAGGUCUGCGAUGGCUCCCACCAAUCGUUGGAAUGCUGGCAAAAGAGACACCUCCGCAAGGAGAUACCAUAGAUGGCUAUUUCGUGCCAGGAGGUGUCUCUGUUGCCUGGAGUGCGAAAGCCAUAUAUCAAAAUACCGCACUUUUCGGUCCUGAUCCCAAGGCUUUCCGACCAGAUCGGUGGAUUCAUACCUCAGAAGGUGGCGACGAGCCAUCCCGAGACAAGAUAGCUGCUAUGGAGAAGAACAAUGAUCUGAUUUUCGGCAACGGGAAGUACACGUGCCUUGGUAAGCCCGUCGCAAUGCUAGAGCUGAACAAGCUCUAUGUCGAGCUUUUGCGCAGGUUUGAGUUUGGCCUCAUGAACCCUUAG